UGCCCUUGUUUGUGUCUAGUGCCCCCCACAAUGGCCUCUCCACAGGAGCCUACAGCAGUGCCCCCCCGGGGGCUGACCGGUGCCUCCCGCUCUCCUGUGACCCCCGCAUGCAGCAUGGGGAAGCCCAGGAAGAAAGGUGCAUCCCCCCAAGGCCCCCAGUCCCUGCAGGAAGUAAAGAAGAGGGGCCACAGGAUGAAGCGCAGCCCUGACCAGCAGCUGUGUGACCAACUCGAGGGGCUGAAUUUGUUGGCAGAGGCAGCCGUGCAAGGAACGGGACUGGUUUAUGAUGAGCAGAUGGCACACAACUACUGUUUAUGGGAUGACAACUUUCCUGAAUGCCCAGGCCGUAUCUGGGCUGUGAGAGACAAGAUGGCUGAAUACGGCCUGGCAGAGCGAUGUGUGGCGGUGCCGGCUCGUGAAGCAUCAGAGGAGGAAAUCUUGCUCAUUCACAGCCCCCAGUAUGUGGCACUGAUGAGAUCCACUCAGAAAAUGACCAUGGAUGAGCUUAGAGCUCUGUCUGACCGCUAUGAUUCGGUGUACUUGCACCCGACGUCUUUCACUUGCGCCUCUUUGGCCGUGGGCUCAGUGCUCCAGCUGGUGGAUAGAGUUCAGCAUGGGGAGAUCCGCAAUGGAUUGGCUGUUGUCAGGCCUCCUGGACAUCACGCACACACUGACCAGAUGAACGGUUACUGCAUGUUUAACCAGCUUGCUAUUGCUGCCCGAUACGCCCAACUGACAUAUGGUGCCAAACGGGUCCUAAUUGUAGACUGGGACGUGCAUCACGGUCAGGGCACACAGUUCAUAUUUGAGAGUGAUCCCAGUGUCCUGUACUUUUCUGUCCAUCGCUAUGACAACGGGGGUUUUUGGCCCCAUCUAAAAGAAUCAGCCAGUUCAGCUGUGGGGAAGGAACGAGGAGAGCGAUUCAAUGUGAAUGUGGCCUGGAACAAGACCAGAAUGAGUGAUGCUGAUUAUAUCCAUGUGUUCCUUAAUGUCCUACUUCCUGUCGCCUACGAGUUCCAGCCUCACCUUGUGUUGGUAGCAGCUGGGUUUGACUCUGUGGUUGGAGACCCUAAGGGAGAGAUGUCGGCCACCCCAGCGUGUUUCUCUCACCUCACUCACCUGCUGAUGUCACUGGCACAGGGCAGACUCAUUCUUUCACUAGAGGGUGGGUACAAUCAGCGCUCAUUGGCAGAAGGAGCCUGUGCAUCUCUGAAAGCCUUACUGGGUGACCCGUGCCCAAGACUGACCCUGCCAUCUGCACCCUGUCAAAGUGCCCUGGAUUCAAUGUCUGACACAAUAAGUGCCCAUUGCAGCUUAUGGAAGAUGCUGCAGGAUUACGAGAGUGAAGGAGAGCCCAUUAUUGAACCCCAGAGUGCUAAAGAUGGCCCCCCUGAGGGGACAGAUGAGCCUCCUCUGGAGAAAUUUCUAGAACAGGCAAUGAUGGAAGUGAUGCGGAAAGUGCCAGAGCAGCGAACAGCGCUGGUGUAUGAUGAGCAAAUGAUGGAGCAUUGCAAUAUGUGGGACUGUUAUCACCCAGAGUCUCCACAGAGGAUAAACCAGAUAUUUAAGCGGCACAAGGAUCUGGGGCUGUUAGAACGUUGCAGUCGCCUUCCAUCACGCUUGGCCACUCAGAAGGAGCUACAGAUGUGCCACAGUCUCUCCUACAUCCAGAAGAUUGAGGCAUCUGCUCACAUGAAACCACGAGACCUGCACAGGCUGGGGGACGAGUACAACUCCAUUUAUAUCAAUUCCAAAUCCUACCACAGUGCCCGGCUGGCAGCUGGCUCUACCUUCAAUGUAGUGGAGGCCGUGGUUACAGGAAAGGCACAAAAUGGAAUUUGCAUUGUUCGCCCUCCGGGUCAUCAUGCAGAACCAGGGGAAGCCUGUGGUUUCUGUUUCUUUAACACCGUGGCACUAGCUGCCCGCUAUGCACAGAGACUGCAGAGCCAAUCAGAGGAUCCACUCAGAGUAAUGAUUUUGGAUUGGGAUGUACACCAUGGCAAUGGCACGCAGCACAUCUUCCAGGAGGAUGCCAGUGUGCUCUACAUGUCCCUCCACCGAUACGAUGAGGGUCUCUUCUUUCCAAAUUCAGAAGAUGCAUCACAUGACAAGGUUGGCAUUGGGAAGGGGGCAGGAUACAAUGUGAACAUCCCUUGGAAUGGCGGAAAGAUGGGGGAUGUGGAAUAUUUAAUGGCGUUUCACAGAGUGGUGAUGCCCAUUGCUUAUGAGUUUAACCCUCAGCUAGUUCUCAUAUCGGCUGGGUUUGACGCGGCCCGUGGGGAUCCACUUGGGGGCUGCCAGGUGAGCCCUGAAGGUUAUGCCCAUAUGACACACCUUCUGAUGAGCCUGGCAGGUGGCAGAGUAAUCCUGGUGCUAGAGGGUGGGUACAAUCUCACAUCCAUCUCCGAGUCCAUGGUUAUGUGCACCCGAUCGCUCUUGGGGGACCCCCCACCAGUUCUGUCUGACCUGCGACCUCCAAAAUCAUCAGCUUUGAACUCCGUUUGCAAAGUCCGUCAGGCACAUCGCAAAUACUGGCGCAGCCUUCGGCUAAAUGUGGUAGGACCACCCCCCAAGUCUACUCAGGGAGCAAAAAAUCUCCAGCAUUCCCCAAUGAGGAACUCUCCCCGUAAAGGAAGAUUUGCUGCAGAGGCUGGACCCUUAACAGAGAGCAAGAUCUCUACUCAAGGAGCUCCGUCUCCAAAAAAAAUCCCCUCAGAAGUGACAGUCACCCCCCUGGCAUCACCACUGAGCUCAGUCUCCAUAGAAGAGACACCUAUCCCAUUGAUACCAGACAGCAAAUUCUCCCCAGAAGAGGUAGCCAACCAAUUUGUAUCUGCAGAGACUGUUGUUCAGUUGGCUGCACCACAGUACAAGAUGUCCACAGAGGAGGUAGCCAAUAAGCUGGCAUCACCUCAAGGACUGACAUCACUUGAAAGUACAAGCAGUCAGCUGGUAUCCAACAGGGAAGCAAUUGCGCCAGCAUGGGAACAUGAAACCCCCAAAUCUCCUCCCACCGCAGACAGCCAGAAAGUACCUAUGGGAGGAUUAGUAGCAGCAGAAGACAUUGCAGAUGCCCUAGCAGAGAGGGGACUUACAAUGGAGAUAUUGGGGUGCUCUGAGCAGCGAGAGACUGUGUGUAAAAAAGAGAGUGAGGCACCAGUGCCCCCCUGUUCCACUGUUGAGGAAAGACCUUUAGAACAAAUUCUCAGAGACUUGCAGUUGAGUGAUGAUGCAUCCAGCAGUUCCACCAUUGCCAUGGCUCAUACAGCUGACUUGGAUCCUAGGGACAGAGCCAUAAGGAAAUCCUUUAUCUCUACAGGAAGAGACGCUCCGGAGGAAGAGUAUACAGAGGGCAGUUAUAUACAGGUGGCUAAUGCACCACCCAAUGAGCAGGAGCUGCUGGACGAGGCUGCGGGGGGCUCGGAAGCUGGAAACUCCACCAUAGGCUUUGAGGUUUUUCUGAACUCUAUGGAGGAUGAGUCGGAUGUGGGAUUUGCAGUCAUGCCGCUGUCCUGGUGUCCUCACUUGGGCUCUGUGUGUGCUGUGCCCCGGGAUGGUUUGGAUGUGAGCCAGCCGUGUGCCCAGUGUGGCAGUGAACUGGAGAACUGGCUCUGUCUGACUUGUUACCAGGUGCUGUGUGGCAGGUAUGUCUCCCAACACAUGCUGAGCCAUGGACUCACCUCUGGACAUCACCUUGUUCUCAGCUUCUCUGACUUGUCUGUGUGGUGCUACGGCUGUGAGUCCUAUGUACAUAACGAGGCCUUGUUUCCAGCCAAAUCUGCUGCCUACAGCUCCAAGUUUGAGGAGUAGGAGGUAGAAGCGAUAUAAGGGCUGCUGUUCCGGAUGGGCCUUUUUGCCAAAUUUCCAUUUUAAAUAUUUUAUUUAAUGUAUAAAAUCUUUUAGCCAAA